AUGGGCCUGACCCUGACGUUCCAGGAGAUGGGGUCUGUCUUCACGCGCCAGCCGCAGCUGCUGCUGUUGGGCAUGGCCCUGCAGUACACGGUGCUGCCCACCAUCGGCUACGCCAUCAGCAAGUGGUGGGGCCUGAGCAGCGGGCUGGCGAUCGGCGUGGCACUGGUAUCGUGCAUGCCUGGCGGCACGGCCAGCAACAUCGUGGCUUACAUCGCGCGCGGCGACAUGCCCCUGAGCGUCAUGAUGACCACGGCUUCAACACUCAUGGCCGUGUUCACCACCCCUCUGCUGACCAGCCUGCUCGUGGGUACGCUGGUGCCUGUUGACCCCCGUGCCAUGUUCUUUAGCACGCUGCAGCUGGUCCUGGUGCCGGUGCUAGUGGGGGCGGCCGUGAACCAGUUCUUCCCAAAGCAGUCUGUGGCGCGGAUGCGCGUGUACACCCCCUUCCUGGCGACCGUCAUAGUGGUGCUCAUCGUGGGGUCCAUGAUAUCGGGCAACGUGGGCGUCGUGGCCGCAUCAGGCUUCCAGAUUGUGAGUGCUGUGUUCUGCCUGCACUCCUCGGGCUUCGCCCUGGGCUACCUCAUCUCAAAGGCGCUCGGCCUGAGCGAGCAGAUUUGCAGGACAAACUCGAUCGAGGUCGGCAUGCAGAGCAGCGCCCUGGCAGCCGUGCUGGCCAAGAUCCACUUCCCCCACGACCCCAUCAUCGUGGCGCCCUGCGUGCUCAGCGCCUGCACGCACGCCGUGAUAGGCAGCCUGCUGGCAGGGGUGUGGGGCGCGCAGACGGCGCGGGAGGAGGCGGCGCGGGCGGCAGAGGCCGGCAAGGGGGAGUGA